AUGUUUCUGGCUUCGACAUCGCUCUUCCUUUUGCUGCUCUUCUUGUCUCUUGCACACUCUCAGGACUUAUCUCAGACAUUCUUUCCUUCCAGUAUCCCUCUUGCCGUGCGGAGUCCUUACCUCAACGUAUGGCAUAACAGCACGGUCGGUGCGGGUGCUCUUUCCCAAUCAUGGCCUUCAUUCUGGCCCAUUCAAUCAUUCACGGCCAUGAGGUGGCGGGGUAGGAUCAAAAUCGACAACACUACGUUGAAUAUGUACGAGUGGAUGGGGAACAGCGGCGAUUGGGUCAAGGGCGUAGUCUCAAACAUGCAGUUGACCCCCACGCGGACCAUCUUCACGGUGACCACAGGGAGCAUCCGGCUGAAUGUCACCUUCCUCUCUCCCAUCGAGCCCGACGAUCUCGUCAAGCAGUCGAUACCAUUCACCUACCUCUCUGUGGACGUUAUGUCGAUCGACGGAACUCCGCACGAUGUCCAAAUCUGGAGCGACAUCGUUCCCAUGGACUGGCUGACGAACACCUCCAAGACUAACGCGUACUGGAUAGAGCGUGAUACGACGUCCAGCAGGUACGAGAAGAUGGUUCUCAGGGCUCAACAGAGUAACAUGGAGGCCAACGACCAUACUCUGGAUGGAGUCCUCUAUCAUGCGACAAAGCUGGAUCAAACCACGUCAUUCGAGAUGGGCGUUUUCGAAACCGUCAGGCAGCAGUUCCAGGAUAGCGGUGUUUUAAAUAAUGCUCAGACAAAUGCUUCGGGAGCCGUCCCAGCGGAUGACUAUGUGUUCGCAUUCUCCAAAGAGAUGGGCGCUGUCUCGACUGCGCCUCAGACCGUCACAUGGGCUGUUGGAUACGUGCGCUCUCCAUCCAUCCUGUAUAAGACUCCUCAGGGUGUGACACAAAACCGACACCCUUUGUUACCGACCACAUUCGAUGCAGCUCAGCGGUACAUUGACGUUUUCAUAGCAGACUACGACAAUGCGCUCAGCCGCGCAAAAGCACUGGAUGACAAGAUCAUGGGUGCCGCAGCGCAGGUCUCGCCCCACUACGUCGAUCUUGUCUCGUUGAGCGCACGGCAGGUCUUCGCAUCUCUUGAAGUCACCGCCGGGACAGACGCGAGCGGGAACAUUGAUCCCUCCGACAUCAAGAUCUUCAUGCGCGACACCGGCGCAUCACAACGUGUCAGUCCGGUCGAACGCAUGUACGCAGCGAUGCCAGCGAUCCUAUACAUCAACGCGAGCUGGAUGAGUUAUAUGCUCCAGCCCCUACUUGAGAAUCAGCAGAAUAUAUCGCAGCCAUUCGCUGCACAGCACCUCGGUGAGUUGCUUGCGAAGAUCGUGCGCGUUUAUCGUCUGAACGCCCGCUGUAGGGAACAAACUGGAAAUAUGCUAAUCAUGAUGUAUGCGCACGCUCGGUUCACCGGGGACUCCUCACUACUUUCUGCAUAUUACGAACUCUCUAACGCCUGGGCGGACUACCUUGUCGCUAACGCUCUGAAUACACCAAACCAGCAGUCGGCUGAUGGGGUGCUAGCAGAUAACCAGACGAACCUCGCCAUCAAGGGGAUCAUCGCGGUCAAGGCCUUUGCGGAGAUGAGCAGGAUGGUGGGAAACGACACCAAUGCGCAGAAGUACGAGGCAAGUACUUUAUCGGCCCUCAUGAACCAAUGGAGGUCGCUUUCCAUUUCUGACAACGCCGAGAAUUUCCUCGGGAGAUACGGGGUGCAAAACUCGCAGUCGCUGUUGUACAACCUGUACGCAGACCGGCUGCUCAACACGUCUGUUGUUCCGCAGUCUGUGAGUUGUGUAUGUCCCAUCCGAUGUGGUCAAACACAUACAUCAGCUUGUGCACCGUUCGGAGCUCCGAUCGAUAACAGCACGCAGGAUCUUACAAACGCAGCAUGGCUUGCAUUUUGUGCCGCGACUACUACGAACUCCGCCGUCUCUGCCCAGUUGAUCGACGCGAUAUGGCUCCGUGCGAGCUCAAACAGCUCGGUUGGAGCAUUCCCCGCGAUUUACGAUUCAGUGGACGGAUCCGCUGCGUCGAACUCGGGCGGUGCGGGACCCAGUCUCGGCGCCAUGUUCUCGCUGCUCGCCCUCACCGUCGGAGAUGGGCCUCUCAACGCCUCCCAAACCAACAACACCGGUCCCGCCAGCGUCGGUGGCAGCCCCAUCCGUUCUACCCGAAUCGGCCCAAUUGUCGGCGGAGCGGUUGGUGGUUUCGCGCUCCUCUGCCUCCUCGGCACAGGCCUCUGCUUCUACGCGCGACGAAGCCAGAGCGAACGCGUGAAGCACCUCUCUAUGUCGAGCGCGAACGACGUCUCGGCCGUCGACCCAGGGAUACUCUCCACCGUCUGGACAUAUAGCAACCACGGGGCCGACUCUGCGCCCUUCCUAGCAAAUGUGCCCACCGGUACUGGGACGCGCACUGGCAGCGCACCCACGUCUGUCCCUCCUCUUCACUCCGUGCUCUUCCCUCCCUCCGACCCGGCCCCUUCCCCCGCCGCACCUUCGAGCGAGGGAUACAUCCCGUCCGCGAAGGCGCUCCGCACUGCACGCCCCUCGCCCUUCGCACACGCCCCAUCCUUUCUCACAGAGGCAUCCUCCGCGCCCUCUCCCUCCUCGCCCUCCGCACCCCCGUACGCAAGCGCCGAUAGCGCGCACGCGUUGGCCUCGCUAGACACCGUGCGCGAGGCGAGCGAGUCCGGCCUUGGGUCGCUCUCGAUGAGCGAGGUCGUCGACCUGCGCGCCGAAGUCGUCAACCUUCGGCGGGUGAUGGAGGAGCUUCGGACGGACCACGACGGGCCUCCGCCGGUGUACCCGGGGGCGUGUGCGGUGCCGCCGAGGGGGGUGGUGGAGGUGGAUGACAAGGGGAGGCUGAGAUGA